AUGUAUUUCCACACGGCAAUCGUCGCCUUCGUACUUUUAGUACUUGUCAAUGCAGCAACACUUAACGUCGACGUUGGAAAGGGGGGAGCUCUCAAGUUCGGCCCAGAUACCAUUGUUGCUGCUCCAGGUGAUAUGUAUGUACUGACCCUCUCUCACAAUUUUGGAAACUACUCGGUGGCUUCUUGCUGGGCUAAUUCACCAGGAGAAGACAUUGUUUUCGCAAUCUUCUGGUGCCGCGGAUUAUGGACUUCACUUUCAGGGUAUCUAGGUAGCUGACUGAGCGAUUAUAGCGUCAAUUUCCACUUCUAUACCGGCAGCAAUCCUCACUCCGUUGUCAAUGGACCAUUUGAUCAACCAUGCACACAUGCCAACGGUUCUGCCGAAGCGCCCGUUUUCUUCUCAGGAAGCCUGGAUGGCGACAAGGAUGGAGUAAGUGACUCUCUGCCCCAUACCAAAAGACUCUCAGAUGACCCUGCUGACCACCCCAACCCAGAAUACAACCUUCAGUGUCACUAUUGAGAAUAGUUACCCGAUCUGGUUUUACUGCUCCGUGAAACAACAUUGUCAACACGGAAUGGUUGGAGUCAUCAACCCACCCGCUCUCUAUCAAGGACUAAGCCAAUAUCGAGCCGAAGCCGCGACGGUCAAGACUUCCACCGACCCAUCUUCAAAUGGAACCAGUACAACAUCAGGAAGUGAGACUGGGACAAGUGGCAAGCCUACCGCUACCAGCGGAGGUCCUUCGAAUUCGUCAACGUCUGUCCCUGCCUCUAGCACAGGCGCUGCCUACAUGGUCGCACUUGAGACUGGAUCGUUUGUCGCUGGCAUGUUGGGCUUGAUCGCUGCAGUUUUGCUUUGA